AUGCACAACGAGAACGUGUUGGAGGGCGUACCUCCGAAAGGGAACGCGCCCCAAGAUCCCAUCAGGCGUUCGGACGAACCUGCGCCGCCAGCGAUAGGCUCGAAUGAGCGUCUCAGCUACUCGCAGGACGGUUAUACAGAGAAAAAGGCAAUUCCGGAAUCACACCCCGUGGAUAACAGCAGCGAGCCAAGUGGACAGGAUGUCGAGGCAGGAGGACGAAAGGCCGCGUUCAAAGCGUCGGCUCGCCGGUUCUGGAAAUCGAAUGGCAAGCAUUUUUGGUUUGCUGUGAUCUGGCUUCUGUUCACCGGUACAGCCAGCCGAUUCGUCGCUAUGAUUCCUGAGCGUUUCCGGAUUCCACUUGGUGCUCUAGUGACUAUCGCUACCAUCUUGGUCGGCUCUUUUGCGUCUGCGGAGGCCCCGGGCAACAGCCGGGCUGACCGUGCAGUCAGCUUGUUUGGUCUCGUGGUUUGCAUCUUUGCCCUUUGGUGCAGCUCCAGAAACCGGAGGGCGAUCAACUGGCACACUGUUGUCGUGGGCAUGCUCGUGCAAUUCAUCGUUGCGCUUUUCGUGCUCCGUACAAAGGCAGGUUACGAUAUCUUUGACUUCAUCUCCAUGUUGGCUAGAGAGCUUUUGGGUUUCGCCCAGGAGGGAGUCGACUUUCUAACCGCAACCGACUUUGACUCUACCCACCCCUAUUUCCUGGUCACCGUCAUUCCAGCCAUCAUCUUCUUCGUCUCUCUCGUCCAGCUCCUCUACUACACUGGCGUCCUGCAGUGGGCCAUCCGCAAACUCGCCGUCUUCUUCUUCUGGUCGAUGCGCGUCUCCGGAGCCGAGGCCGUGGUAGCAGCCGCCUCACCCUUCAUCGGUCAGGGAGAGUCCGCCAUGUUGAUCAAGCCCUUCAUCGCCCACUGCACCAUGGCUGAAAUCCACCAGAUCAUGUGCUCUGGAUACGCCACCAUCGCAGGUUCCGUCCUGGUCUCCUACCUUUCCAUGGGCGUUAACGCGCAGGCCCUCAUCUCCUCCUGCGUGAUGAGUAUCCCUGCAUCGCUCGCAUGCUCUAAGCUGCGCUGGCCAGAGGAGGAGGAAACCCUCACGGCCGGCCGCGUCAUCAUUCCAGAGGAACAAGAGGACAAGCCAGCCAACCUCCUCGACGCCUUCUCCAAGGGCGCCUGGCUCGGUAUCAAAAUUGCCGGCAUGAUUGCAGCCACCCUUCUCUGCAUCAUCUCCCUCAUCGGUCUCAUCGAUGGUCUCCUCACCUGGUGGGGCCGGUACCUCAACAUCAAUGACCCAACCCUAACCCUCGACCUGAUCGUCGGCUACAUCUGUUACCCCAUCGCCUUCCUCCUCGGCGUCAGCCGUGACGGCGACCUCCUGAAGGUCGGCAAACUCAUCGGCCUGAAGCUCGUUGCUAACGAAUUCGUCGCCUACUCCGCCCUGCAAAGCGAAGAGGAAUACAAGGACCUCUCCAACCGCUCCCGCCUGAUCGCCACCUACGCGCUCGCCGGUUUCGCUAACAUCGGCUCCCUGGGUAACCAGAUCGGUGUGCUGGCGCAGCUGGCUCCAAGCCGUGGCGGUGAUGUCUCGCGCGUCGCCGUCAGCGCCAUGCUCACGGGUGCAAUCAGUACCUUCACGUCUGCAGCGAUUGCGGGACUGCUGAUCCAGAACGAGGAGCAGUUCAUCACGACGUCCACUGCGUAA